UUCACAGAUUUACAAUCACCAACAAGACAAAGUGACCUACCAGAGGUAGUUGUCAUGACAACAGGAAGUGAAGGCCACAUGUUCAGUGCUUAUAUGCCAUUUUCUUGGCUGAUGAUUAACCAAAUCAAUGAAAUCUUAAAAUUACCUCACCCAGCUGCAGAAUCACAUGAUCUUGAAGAUGGAGACGAGACUGUUACAAAAACAGAAUCACUAGUGAAAGUCCUGAGUGAGCAUGCACUCGGAAAAGUACUUGGCUGUGUAUCUCAAAAGGACAGUGUCACAGAAGCUGUACAUGAAUACAUACAUGACUUUGUACACACAAUGUACAAUGCUGCUUCACUACAAGAACAUCAGUUGGUUUGCCGGUCAGUAUUCUAUGUAACCAAUCAAAUGGCAAAUGACACAACAGAGAGCAUGCUGCUACAUAGCCUAGUGAAUGUUCAUAUGGCCUACCAGAAACUUGCUCCCAGACUUACCUACUUUAGAGCCAUGAACAGUGUAUGGUCAGAAUGUAGUGCCACUAUCAUAGACUUAAAAACAAAGAAUCCCGAUCAUUUCAUGUUCAAGGAGCAGGAAUUUACGUUUUCGGCCUUGUGUCUUCUUCUUGAGAACCUUUCGCCAAAAGGCACUGAUCUAAACAACCUACGUGGCCGGUCCCACUGGUUGAAUAGAGUUCAUCGUUACAGACCUGUUGUAGAGAAAGUGAUAAGCUUACAUGGGGAAGAUCCAACACUCUAUGGAGCUCAUAGCAUUCAGUCUGUGCGUAGGGCAAAGGGAUUGUGGAGUAGAGUUAUGGUGGUGAAGUUGUUUCUGGAACAUGUCUGUGCAUCGGAGAAGGAAGACAAAAUUACAAUCAAACAUUGUAUGCCACUAUGGGCAUUGCUAGGUGAAGAGACAGAUUUGAAAGAUAUGAAGUCACUGGCAGGUGUAGAAAAAUUCCUCAAAAGUUGUAAUAAACUAGCAAUGAAGGAGUAUAUAGGGGAUGAAGUAAAAUGCAGUCAGUGUGAGUCUGUUCUGGAAGGGCCACCAAUUGCAUUGCCCUGUAAAGAUGUUUUGUGUGACCAGUGCUAUGAUGGUAUGAAAGCACUGGGGGAGAAUUCAUGUGCAAAAUGCCACCAGGAAUUUUCAGAUGACUGGCAACCAGUGCGCCAAAUUGCGAAAAAAAAUGCCAUAGAUAAACUACAAGACUAUCAGAGAAGGUGCAACACAUUCUUUAUGGACAUAGUCUCCCAGUUAUGUUUUGCUGACAACAAUGCACCAUCGAAAGAGGUUGUGGAAAAAUUACUUAGUUAUAUAUUCUUCACCACAAGGAGUGAACGUCAGCGUACGAGGGAUCUGUCAAUAUUUAACACAGGAAUAGAUCCCAACCCUGUGUUCAGAUCUUUCCUUCUACAGCUUCUUAUACGAACAAGUGAGGAUAAUGUUAUAGAAAAUCUGGAACGUUAUUUAACUCAAGCAGGGGGCUUGAUCAAAAGCAAUUCACCUGAUCAGGAGCAACAGUAUGUUGAGCUGUGUUUGCUUGUCAUCCAGUGUUUAGAGGACAUGUUUACCCAAGAAGCAACUAGGACAGAUGUGGAUGAAACACAGUAUGCAUCUGAAGCCUUACAUAGAGCUACUCAAAACAUUGCAAGAGAAGGACUGUCUGUGGAGAAAUUAUAUGGAUUGGCUAGUGCUAGAAUGGGCCUCGCUGUUACAGCCAGAUAUGUUGCUGAUAUAGUAAUGAAUGACGUUGAUCCUAGACAUGUUGAUCGACGAGUGAGGAAACUUAUAGAAGCAGCUCAAACACUAUGUGAGGAGACAGAUGUUAACUGGACAAGGAUAUAUCUGGUGAAACACAUCUGUAGAUGCUAUGGUAUAGAUGUGUAUCAAACUAUAUGCCAUAACCCAGUACCAUUUCUUAGAUGGAUCGGUAUGAAAGAUGCAAAUAGGGAUCAGGUUGUGGAAGUUUCAGAUAGGUAUAUUGUGUGUGGUAACCAUUACAAAAGGAUCAGGGAAGCAAUAACAAAAGUGAUACUGGGCGAAAAUGUUGAGCACCUACUUGACAUAGUUCAGGGGUUGCAAACAGCUGGAUUACGAGUUGAACCCAUGCUGCAACUUGCAGUACACAGAGAGAUAACAAGUUCAUAUCUGUAUCCACAGCAACAGAGAAAACUAAAAACGCAGGUCAUGGAUACAUUGAAUGAAUUCGUUCAAGAUUGUGAAGCAGUCAAAAAUAAGGGUUUCAUGCAAAAGCUGAUUAUAAACCAGCUGGUUCCUAGACAUCUUGUGACUACAGAAGGUGAAGAUUUACGCUUACAGGGAAUACAGUGCCUUAUUGUUCACUUUCUGUCUGUCAUGACGUAUUUGAAAGGAGACAGAACUCUGCUUUAUCCCUUACAGACUCUGAUGUCAAAUCCUCAAAUAUGUGGUAACAUGUUUUUACCAACAAUGCCACAGGAUGAUUUAGAAGAUAUAAAAGAAGCUUUGUUAGCAGCACGUCAGAACAAUGGAGGGGAAAAUCCAGUCUUCUACCGUUGUCCAAAUGGUCAUCCAUAUGUGAUUGGAAAUUGUGGUCGGCCAGCUACAGUUGGCAAUUGCAGAGACUGUGGUGCAGCUAUAGGGGGAGAGGGAUAUCAACUUCGCCCAGGAAAUAUUCUGGACCAAGGGCGAGACAACACAUUGACUGGUCAUAUCCUUGGACGUGUACAGGUCAGAGGACAAGGUCCGAAACCAGAGAGAACAUUGACUCCAGCUUAUACUGCAACUAUAAGACUUCUUCUACAUAUGUCAAUGUUUAUUGGUGUCGGCAGUAACCUACAGGGUGUUCAUGCACUGAUAAAACCUGACAUUGAUAAUAACGGAGUAGAGGAAUUUCUUUGGGCACAUAUACAACAAGAUGUUGACGACAUCCACAGGACCCUUGGUAGAAGUGUUGACGAUGUUCUUCUUCUGAUGCAUACAACUGUGGACUACAUCAUGAGAGCACACAAUGAAGGCGACAAUGUAGGUGGCGAAGCUAGUCAGCUGUCAUCAAAAAGAGGAAGAAAUCAGUGGGAAGCUGGAUUUUCUGCCAAGUUUCUGCAGGCGUCAUUGAAGAAUAUUGACAAUGUCUUGAAAACGAACAAUCAGCUACUUGUUCAAGAUCAGAGACUUGGUGCUGAUCCUCUGCUUUGCUUAUUGUACGAGACAGACACUAAUGUAGAGAGGGAGAAUCCAGCUGCUUUGGAGGAAAUUCCUAGAGUAUGGCGGUACAGAACGCCUAUAUCUCUACAACAUCUCCGACAAGAGGCUGAGGCCAAAAUAUCACAAAAGCAACACAAAGUGUUGCAAUUAUUCCUGAAAGAGGAUCACCAUUUAAGAGCACUUCGAUACAUUCCAAGUGUCCUACGCCUUCAUCGAGCCUUGUUCCAAAAAUAUCAAAGGAAAUUAGACAAAGCGGAGGCUUCACAAAUCUUAAUUGCUCAUCUGAAAAGAGAAGAAAUAGCUGGCGGGGAAACGAUGCAGUUGCUACAAGAUUUUGCUGAUGCCUGGGAGUUGGUCAGAGAAUCGUUGACUCUGUACUUGUGUCCAACAGAACUAGGUGGUAUGAUAGUCUCUAAGGAGUACUGUAACAAAAGUAUCACAGACAAAACACCAAUAUCUAUACUGCUACCAACAACAAAAGAAGCAGGGCUCUGUUCUUAUGCUUUAUUAGACUUUCUGAUGAGAAAACAAAAUGAUUUCUUGGAUAAAUACUUGAAGGAAGCACACAGAAAAUCUGGGAGUAUAUCAAGCGUGAAUCCCAAGGAAGUGACUUUGGCUCACCUUAUCAGCUACGACCCUCAGCACGAUAUUCUUCCAUUAGUCCUAGCUAAUUGCCAAUAUUCGUUCGAGAUGGGCAAAGGGACGAAGAUAGAGUAUGAUUUUGCUGCCUUAGAAAGACAAUUGAUGGAUAGAUUCUUGUUCUCCAAAUCCAGGAUCGAUGUUGGCAGAGUGUUAAUGAUUGAUCAAAUGGUAUACCGAACAGAAUUUACGAAUGCGGAAGUGUUCAGGAAACUAGCCGACAAAAUACCACAGGAAACUUUAAGUGCUGCAGUAAAGACCCAGAUUUGCAGUGAGAUUAGAUCGCUUCCUGACCUUUGUACUUCACUAGACAAUCUAGAUAUCACAAUCAGCUUCCUCAAGUCUACAGGAGGCCAACCAGAUAAAACUUUGCACGAGUUCAUGGAGAAAACACUUCAAAUGGAAACUACAAUACAUAGUCAAAAGGCCCAGCAGUCGUGUGAGUUCAGACAUGCACAGUCGCUAUGGUUACUGUUGUCGUUACAGAAAUCCAAAAAGAUGAUGGACCACAAUCAGCAUACAGAGUCAACGUUCGAGAGCCUUUUGCGGGAGUUUCAUGAGGAAUUGCCAGAUGAGUUACUGAUCUUGUAUAGGGGCUACAUGAAGAAAUUGUCAAUCGACAAACUCAGCCAGUUGGUAGAAGUUCUUCACGAAUAUAUCCUGUUAGUUGUGGCUGUUAGACAGAAUCCGGAGGAUGACGACUUUACUGAUACAGCCAAUAACAAACUUGGUGAAUGGCUGUAUGGGUAUGUGGACAAUUUUGACAAUCCACCACUAGAUAUGGCUGUGUUGACAGAUUUUCCUAAGGACAUUUUAUACAAACAUAGUGUUCAUGCAUGGGUUAGUACCUAUGGAAUGUUGAGAGAGAAACAGACGGGAAACUAUCGUCGAUUCUGAUCACGUCAGUAUAACACGAUAAAGUACAAAUAUUGGACCAACUUUAGACAUUGUGAUUGUAAAACAUCGUAACGUUUGUGAUCAUAGUCUGUGAUAUGAGAUAUGGAUUCAGUUUCCAGUGAUGUGAUAAGGAAUUCAAAGCAAUAUUUUUGUAUUAGUAUGUUUGAACUGCAUGUAACAAACCAUGUGUAAACUGACCCAGUGAUUAUUCGAUGUCAAAUAGUUUAAGUUAUGAAAGGAAUGCUAGACUUAAAAUUAUGAUAUAAUUGAAUCUAUUCUUUACAGAAGUUUCUUGCUGUCAUUUUAAACUUGUUACACGUCAUUCGUUUCAAUUGUUAUCGCCGAUUGUUUUGGAUAAUAUUUAGGUGAUGCUUUAUAGAUAUUUUGUUCAAUUCUUUAUUUUUCCUCUUGUAUAUUAUAUAGUGUAGGGUAUUGCUGGGUUAUGUUUGUUUCGAUGUUCUCAACCUUUAAUGUGUGAAUGUGCAAGAUGUCGGUAUAUUUAUAUUUCAUGUAAAAUGUUAAAAGCGUUUUCAUUUCUCUUAAAUGAAAACCUUUCAUAUGAACAACGCUGUACUAUUUGACCGAAAUAAUUAAUUUUAACAAAUGAUAACAAAAGAUAACAUUCAAGUAUACGAUUAAAAACAUAUAUAAUUUUAUUGCUUUAUUUUAUAGUUUUGCCUUUCUUAGUUGUGAAUUGUAAUAGAUAAGAAAUGUAUAAUAUUUCUUAAACCUUAUCACCUGGCUCUUUAUCACUGACGUGUGGUAAAUUGCAAAAUCUCUGGCAACCUGAUAUGAGAUAAAAUUAUUCCUAUUUGUAUUUGAUUUGCCAUUAAAAAUAUGCAACCAGUCAAUAACUUUUCUUUGCAGUGAAAUAUGAUAUGCUAAUCUGUCAUUUAAUUGUUGUUAUUUAUUUGUUACCUUUUUUUAUUGUUUUGGCUAGGAUUGUAUAAUCCAUGUGUUUUAAUGUUUUAAAAUGCUUACUAAAUGUGAGAGAAAAUUUAAACAAAAUUAAUUUGAUGUAAUUCAAAGAGUUUGAAAAUUUGCUGUAUUUAAAUGGCAUAGCACCAUGAAGUUAAGGCGGACCUUUUUGGAAAUAAACUGGGGAUGGUUGCAUAUAAUCAUUUAGCUAAAUCAUCCAAACUGUCUAAUAUUGUACUUUAAAUCGACGUAAUAAAAGCAAAUGAUUAAUCUUUAAGCUGCAUAAUGUAUUACUAAGUUUAUGUUGUCUACCAUGAUUUAAGUGGUGAUUUUUCAAAUAUUAAAAGCACAA